AUGCUAAAUUUUGAUGGCGAUAAGUUGAUGAUGAUGCCAUAACCAAAAUCAGAAAGACCAUUUAUUAUCUUAAGCGACCCAUCUAAGACUAGUAUCUUUAUUCAAUUUAUUAUAUAGUCCCAACAAAACACCUAACUAAGUUUCUAUUUAAUUAAGAAAUUACUAUGCUACUUAGUAAAGUGAAGAAAGAAAUCAAAUCUAAAAUCAUUUAGAAUACUUACAUUCUUCUAAAGAAUAUUAAUUCUUUGAAGAUUGCUUCUAAUGUCAUGUUCAUGGUCAAGUUCCUGAUUCCAAUUCCUUCCUAUAUUAUAAUCCAUUUAGGGUAGGUUACCUAAUACAGAAUUUUUGAGUAUUCACACUUUAGAUAAGCUUAAAACCUAAAUCAAAUUCUCAAUAAAUUUACCUGCUUUUGAGAAUAAAUUUGAUAAGGUACAUUAUCCAAUUAACAAUUAGUUUGAGUUACUUUAAAUGAUUACUUAGUUAAAGAUUAAAAAGUAGAGAUAGGUGAUUUAUAAAGAUAAGAAAUACCUUGAAAUACCUAAUUUUGAUGGAUUACAAUAGAUAUUUGAGUCAGAAAACUAUCAAUUAAAUUAAAAGAUAUUCUUUAUUGCUACUUAAGAUCCACUCUAUUUCAUGUAUUUGAUUGAAUUGGUCAAUCCAAGUUUGAUUGAACAAAUUAAUUAGGAUUAAGAAAGUAUAGUAAGUCAAGUUUCUCAAGUACAUAUAAUAUUUUAACAAGGCCUUCGUAACUAAAUAUUCAAGCAGUCUAUAAAUAGUGUGGAUUGAAUAAUUUUACAAAAUCAUUCACUUACAUCAAAAACAGAAUUUCUUAAAUAUUGAUUUUGCAUUGAAUUCCUAAUUUUCAAUUGAGUAAACAAUGAUAAUGGAAGAAGAUCCAAAUAGAUAAAAAGAAAUCUAUAAGAUUAAGUUACCUAUGUAUUGUGGACUAUUGAAUAUGAAUGUGAGAACUCAAUUGGAACGACCACUAAUUGGAAUGUUAAUUGAAUGA